AUGAGUACCCCCACAGGCCUAAAGGAGGAAGGCCGGCCAAUAGCGAAGAAUCCCGAACCAAUACCCUCAAGUACCGAGACCGAACUGCGGCAUAUUAAAAGACCAUCGACUCCAGAGCUUGAUUCAGAACUUGUCAGAUUAAACAAACAACAGAAAUGCAAACUUGAGGAGAUCCCCAGUACUCCGUCCGGCCAAGCGGAGCUUAGGUCCACUAAUGGCAGCGGAGCUCAUCAAGGUUCCACCGGACAUAGACCCGUUACAUCGUGCACACAUUGUAGACAGCACAAGAUUAAAUGCAAUGCCAGUGAGAAUUAUCCAUCCCCGUGUUCUCGCUGCGAAAGAAUGGGUCUUCAUUGCGAAAUCGACCCUCAAUUCAGACCCAAGAAGGGCUCUCAGUUGCAGAAUCUACGCAGAGACGUUGAUGAGCUAAAAUUGAAGAUUGAAUAUCUAACGAGAAAGGAAAGCCUGAUAACAAGAGCCCUGCAAGAGAGCGACAUGGGUAGAAAAUUAAUCAAAACUUUGGAAGCGAUAGACGUGUCAAAACUCAGCCAGCUAUCAAAUAAAAAGCCAGAGAAGCUCAGACAGCGGCCGCUGAGGAACAAUGUACUACAGCACCAACAGGUAGACAGAAAAGUUUCGGUACAAACAUACUUAGCGAGUGAGCCACAGCUAUUACAGGAUGAUCCGAAAUCUUCGGCAGAGGCGUCCUUGAAGGAUUCGCACAGUAUCACAAGCGAUAAGACAGCCAAGCAGCCUUUCCUUUUAAAUGAUUCGGCGCCUGCAAACAAUAAUAGAGAUUCCCUGCCGCCUGUUCUCCAGAUGGCGUUGCAAAGAAACACAUCAGCGAUAGGAACCCCUAGUGAGUAUUCUGUAUCUCAUAACGUUAGCCCUUCUUUAUCGCCGCUGAAUAGCUCCCAUUCGAUUUCGAAGAAAAGUGAGGCUAGUAAGUAUAGAGACGAAAUCGAAGGGAACAUUGCGCAUAACGAUAACGAUCCAUUGCCUCAAAAAAAAUUGCCUGUAGUUGCAACGACAAAUGCUAUGCCACUUUUACCGUCUCCUUACGCAAGCAUUGAUGAAUUUGUCAUUGGUGAUGUUAGAAUUUCCAUCGAGAAGGCAAAUGAGCUGCAUCACAUCUUUGUUACGAGAUAUCUGCCUUACUUCCCUAUUCUAAGCUCUAACUCUGCUACGGAACUUUAUUCUCAAUCGCAAUUUUUAUUUUGGACCGCCAUUUUAACUGCCUGUCUCUCUGAUGUCGACCCAUCCCUCUACAUGAAACUUUCCUCAUUAAUCAAACAGCUCGCCAUCGAGACCUGUUGGAUACGUACGCCAAGAUCAACCCAUAUCUCACAAGCACUGUUAAUUCUCUGUAUAUGGCCCCUCCCUAAUCAGAAAGUGCUUGACGAUUGCUCCUACAGGUUUGUCGGACUUGCUAAAUCGCUUUCGUAUCAGUUAGGACUGCAUAGAGGGAAAUUCAUAGCUGAGUUUACGAGGACACAAACUUCGAUGCCCGAUGCUGAAAAGUGGAGAACUAGGACUUGGUUAGGCAUUUUUUUCGCUGAGCUUUGUUGGGCAAGUAUUUUGGGAUUACCACCUACAUCGCAAACUGAUUAUUUAAUAGAAAAUGCUCGGUUCGGUCAAGAUGAAGAAGAAGACGAUAAUCCGGUUAGCAAUAAUCCUUCGAAAGAUAUUGCUGAUAAGGAGCAGGCGCAGGCAGAAAAUGGCAAAGAGGGCUCAGCUUCUUCUGGAAGUCGUGAAACAGAUUACCAUGAUGACAAGAAAGGAUUGGAAGACAAUUCCAGACAGAAAUCUGAAAGACUGCCGAGAAGCUUCCGAAGGUUAAUUUGUCUCGCUAACUUCCAGGCUAAGCUUUGCAAGGUUAUGGGGUCCAGUGUAGUGAGUCCAGAUGGUCUCAUGGAGCCACGAGAUAGAGCAAGUUCUUUAGCAAUAUUAGAAAGAGAGUUAGAACUACUUGACAGGAAGCUCAACUUCGAAGAGGAUAUUUGCGUUCACAUUUACUACCUAUAUGUCAAGCUUAUGGUUUGCUGUUUCGCCUUUCUUCCAGAUACCCCCACUGAAGAUCAAAGCCAAUACGUCACGGAAGCAUAUUUGAGCGCGACCAAAAUUGUCACUCUUCUUACAAAUUUGCUUGAUAAGCAGCAGCUUAUCGAGUUACCGAUUUACAUCAGGCACAGCGCUACCUUUGCUGCCUUAAUCCUCUUCAAACUGCAGCUCACGCCUUUGCUAUUGAACAAGUAUUUGGAUUCUGCUCGUCAGUCGAUUGUCACUGUCCAUAGACUAUUUCGAAACCAGCUUAGUGCAUGGGCGACCGCGGUUGAGAAUGAUAUAUCGAGAACAGCUAGUGUCUUGGAAAAAUUGAACUUCGUAUUAAUCACACAUCCGACGGUAUUUGUUGAAGAGGAAGGGAUCAUUUCUCGCAUGAGAUCGCACCUCACUGAUUCGCUAUUUUACGAUUUAGUCUGGUGUAUUCACGAGGCUAGAAGGAGAGAAAUGGAUCCUAAAUACAACGAAGAAGCGAUGCUUCGAGCUGCCGAGAAACAGAAGAAAAAAGGGAAUGGUGGUCGGUGGACGCUUGACAGGAAGCUUCACCCAUUACCCUUUUAUAACCAAAUUUCUAAAGAAGAUUUCGAGACAAUAAUUCAGACUACACCUAACGGCACUACGAUCACGAAAUUGGUGCCAACCAAGACAGCGCUCAGGCACGCCAAAAAACUGGCCAAAACGAAAAAAGAUUCCAACGGUGCAAUUGUCGAAAUCAAUGGUAUUCCGCUUUCCAUGUUGGACGAGACCGGAAGUGUCAGCUUAGAGAAUUUUAGUAGCAAUCCGAAUAGUGAUUCAUUGGCGUUCAAAGCAGACAAGUUAUCGCAGGCCUCAAAGAUCUCCCAAGCGCGAGAAGCAAACAUUGCCGCUUUAGGCUCAAAGGGUGCGGCUCGUCAGUUUGCGAGCUCAUAUGCCAAUGACAGACUCGCAGAAAGUGACAAUGAAGAUAACCAUCCUUCCAAGAUUGAUACGCCCACGAUCUCCUCCUUUUUAAAUGACACUACCAUGCAGAGAUCGAAUAGUACUCCCCCGGUUCAGCCCACUGCGAGACUCAGCCGUGUCGGCACCAACUCGCUGUUUGUAAUGAACAAUUCACUGGCUUCCAAUCUGUCGCUGAAUAGAUCCUUCUCAUUAUCGCAAAAGAUGCAAACGCCAGAUGCUGCUGCUGCUGCUUUAACCAACAGUGUAACAGAAGCAAAACCACCGCUGAGAGGGCAGGACAGCUUCCCAAACCUCAACUUGUUUUUGCACAGCGGAUCACCAAACUUCGACCCAGCAGGUGUCAGCAGCAGUGCAAACACCAACAAAAGUGCAAUCGGCCAGCUUUCUGAUCUCGAGAAUUUCUUUCAACAGCAGAGUACAGGCUGGAUCGAAGGAAACUCGAUCAAUGACGAUUUCCUUGGCUGGUUCGACAUGAACAUGGAACCUGAGUUCUGA